GCCGUGCUCUCAGCCAUGUGGAACUCCUCUUCCGGUACCACAAGGAGCUAGCUAGCUCUCCUCCAUGUCCAUGGCGAUGAGUGACACCGGCUCGAGCUUCGCGCAAUGGGCCGGGCUCUACCACCACGAGCCCAGCCUGGGGCAGUCCACCGGCUACGCGGACGGCGUCACGGCCGACGCUAACAUUGCCCCUGCCGCCGCGACGAGCCCGACGUCGGCCGGGUCUGGCGGCAGCCCGACCAAGGCCGGCCAGCAGCCCGGAGUAGAGGGGCCCCGGAUCGGCAAGCCGGCGCGGCGGCGGCCCCGAGCGUCGCGGCGCGCGCCGGUGACGCUGCUCAACACGGACACCUCCAACUUCCGCGCCAUGGUGCAGCAGUUCACCGGCAUCCCCGCGCCCCCGGCCGGCACGUUCGCGGGGGCGCCAGGCGGCGUGCCGAUCAUCAACUUCGCCAACGACUAUGGCUUCCCGCCAGUCAUGUCCUUCGACCAACUACAUAGGAGUCAUACUCCUCCGACGCCGCUCCAGGACCAGCUCCGCAGGCAACAGCAGCAGCAGUACACCGGCGCGGCAUUCAGUUACAACAACCUGCUGCAAGGCGGCGGAAGCGGCGACGUGUUCGCGCACGGGCUCGCGUCGGCGGAGGACAGGAUGCUCCUGCAGAGCAUGCAGGCGGCUCAGAUGACGCACAUGCCGCCGGCGCCCGCUUCUAACAACAGCGCCAAUGGGUUCUUUGCUUGAAUAAGUAACUGAUCAAGGUAAUGGAUGCAUGGAAGAGAUCAUGGAAAGGGGAAGUGAUGAUUAGAAACAAAAAAGAUCAAUCAGAGUUAACGAAGUUUCUCAUGGCAUGUGUUUAGUUUGCUUUUCUGCUUGUUCAAUUGAUGCAGUUUUGUUUACCGGCUGCAGAGAUGUAAAUACUGAUGUACUAGUUUGUUGUACUCUGGUCACUCUCACGGAUAUUUUAGCUCAUCUGAGUUCACUUCCGUGUGUGGUUGUGAACCUGUGAACUGUGAUAUCGAUAUGAUCGGUGGCGAGGAACAGGUCUUGUUUUGAUA